GCAAAUAUUUCUGCCUCCACAGCUUAGUAGAGAGAGGGAGGGUUCGGAGGCAGGCUUCGCCGUACUCGGUCCCGUUGGGACAAUAAUGGACUAGGAAGCUAGUCAGAAGGAGGGCUUCCGUCCCCAGGACAAGCGUCGGUGAUUCGCCCCUUGGGUGGUGGUUGUUUUUUUUCCAGCCUUAAGGGGAAAAAAAGUAGCCUGCUUGCUUCCCUGGUUGUUGAAGAUGUCUGGAGGGAGUACCCGGAGGAGAACUGGUUCCCCCUGGCACAGCAAUUUAUCUCGCCUUUUUACGAGAAGUUCUUCCAAGGAACAGGAAGAAGAGAGCAAAGUAGCCCCUGAACUUCACUGCGCACGAAGUUUUGAAAUUAAGGAAGAUGAAUCUACAGAUGUGAUUUGUCCAAGAAAAGAAAGCAGUCCUCUUCCAGAAUUAUUAAAGGUUUCAGUCUGUAAAAAUAAGGAUUUAUGUACAGAAGGUUUGAAUAGAUCUACCACUCAAGAGGAAUUAAAGAAAGCAAAAAGUCUUCCUAGUUUGAUUCAUGAAAGCAAAGCAAACAAUAACAAUAAACGGUCUAAAGAAGGAUUUUUGCAAUAUCUUGGGAGUUUAUUUGGUGUUUCUUCUAAAUCAUCAUACAAAGAAAAAGAACCUUCUAAUUUUGGAGAUGGACAUUGCAAAACUAAAAAAGACUUUUCAGAUCAAGGUAGCCAUCAAGACAAAGGACCCACUGAGCAUCUCAAAUCAAAAAUAUUUGUCAUUUCAAAUUUUGGAACGGAACAGAAAAUAUCAAGCAAAGAUGAAGACAGUAAUUUAAGAAUUAAAUCUAGUCCACAACAUUUACAGAAACCUCAGGAUCAAUCUGCUGAAACAGCCAAAAAAACAGAAAGUGAACCCCCCGCACAUGCAGUUACUUAUGCAACCUACCGAGGUUCUGCAAGAAUUAAGCAGUUGCUUAAGAAACAAGCAGACUUGGAACAAGAAACAGUAACCAGAACCAGUAUUAGCAAUUGUCUUGUGGAAAGCAAAAAAGAGGAAAUCAUAAAUACUUUAAGCACAGAAACUACAAAAGAACCAGAAUCGUUACUGCAGAAUGGAAAACCUGAAACUAAAGAUGACAAACAAUAUUCACAAGAAAACAUGCUUUUAUCCGAAAUGAAUCAGAAGGAAGAUGUUCAUGGUGAUUGUGAGCACAAUGAACUAAAGAACAAAAUUACCACUUUGAGAGAAAUUGAAACUAUCAAAAACUGCACAGAAGAACUUGAGUCUGCAAAAUGUGUAUCACUUUCAGACAAAUCAGAAACUACUAAGAAGCUUUUGUUAGAGCCACCAGCUUUGCUGCCAAAUCAGGUCAGUUUUAGCUACCAAAAUAUAGAUUCUGCAAGAAUCAAUUCAGAAAACAGUAAAUUAGAUGAAAAGAGAAAAGCAUUUGAAGAAAUACAUAUGCAGCUACAGUCAAACAAUGCUACCACUGUUUGUUUUAAAAAAGAAACACAUUUAUGUGUUUUUUCUAACACAGAAACAAAAGAGGCAAUACAAAAUGAGUUUUCAUCUUACCCCAAAGUAGAGUCAACUAAUAAUGAUCGUCAAUUGUUAGAAGAUAAAUAUUCUUGGACUGACAAUCAGUUCAAAUUAGAAUCAGUUAAUCCAUCAUUGUACAUGAAUAGCUAUAACUCUGGUGAUCAAGUAAAUAAUGGAACAAACAGUAAUGAAGAAUUAAAUACAGAUAUGAUGACUCAAAAUCAUUCUCAAUUGCUUCCCCAUAAACCAGCAGUUACAGAAGAAUCAUUAGUUUUCAAAUCAGGAAUGUCAGCCCUUUCCACAGAAAACAGGUCUGGGUCGCACUUAUGCAGCAAGAGUGGUCUAGAGAGUAAAGAAAACACUGAGCCAUUAUUACUUAGAGAUUUACAAAAUAAUUCCAGGCUCUCCAUAAUAGCUAAUAUUGGGGCUAGUAAAGUGGUUGAGGAGAAUGCUGGAAUAUCUGUUGUGGAACUUGAUACAGUUUUGUCUAAUGGUACAGAGGAAAAUAAAGCCAGCAUUUCUUUGUUAGAUACUGAAUAUACACAUGUCAACUCCUUUAAAACAGAUGCAGAUGAUGUUCCACAAAGUUUUGAAGCUGAAAAUGACUCUCAUCCUGCCAAGAGAGAUGAAAAUAAAACUCUGAUCCAACCGUUAACCAGCUUAAAUAUUUGUUCAUCUCCGCUUGAGAAACAAAAUAAGCUCUUUGAACUGGAAAACACAAGACAUGUAAAGAACACAGAAAUGUCAUCUCUUAAAACUAUAAAAAUUGAUGCAAUUAAAACUCCAAUUAUUUCUGAGAAAACAAGCAAUUCAAUGCUCAGUAGCAUAAGAAAUCAUGUCAAGCCUCCUGAAAAUAAAGAACUCUCUUGUCUGUCUAUUAUUUCUUCUGAAAAUGAGUGCUUGACCCACAGUUCUCUACCUGUGAAACCUGAAAAAACUAACUCGCCACCAGAUAAUUCUUGUUCUGUCUUACCUGCAUUGAUCAGUAAUGCUAACAUAUUUGAAGAUAGCAUUCAUUUGGAUACUACGGCUAAAUCUGUAUCUCAUUCCGAAGAUCAGAAUUUUUUGAAGGGUUCACAUUUUUUGCCUGAUGAAAAGGAAAAUAUGUUGCUGUCCGCAAAAGUCACCACUGCAGCAAAUUCUGCAGAGACAGACUUUAGUGAAAUAUGCUUCUCUGAUUCUGUGUCUGAAAACUCUAAAACUGUCUUAAAGUCACAUUUUUUUCUGGAAUCUGGAAAUAACUUUAAAUCCCAUAUUAUCCCUGAUACUAUUGACAGAGAUAACUCUGGAAAAAAGAUUUUGCCACAUUCAAAUGAAACAAAAUAUUUGACUAGUUCUUAUUCAAUGGAUUCUGAAUCCAUUCUCAUAAAAGAGACCUUUCCUGAUUUUACAUCUGACAAUGUACAUGUGCCCAAGUCUGCUAUUCCUACAAGUUCUUCUAAAGAUACUUCAGACCUUCAUUCUCCUGUCUGUGAAGCAGUAGAGGCUGUUUUUGACAAAAUCAAUUCUCUUCCUAUAAAUUCUGAAGAAGAUACUGUAAAAUUGUCAUCUAAAAAUAAAUUAAGUAGUCUAUCUUCUGAAUCAAUAUCAGAUGUUACUUAUUCACCUCCAUUAAUGGCCUCAGUUACUUAUUACAUGGAUACCAUAGAUUCUUCAAAGAUAGCAUCAGAAAUGCCUCUUACUACCCAGCAGAGCAAAGAAAUUCAUACAACUCCCUCAGAGCAGAAUUCUAAUUGCCUUGUGGCUACACCUUCAAAAAUUGCUACUAGAAUGGAUAAACAAGCAAUUGCUGCUUUAUUUCCUAAAUCAAACAACCAGUUUUUUAAGGAACCGUUGAAAAAUGUUGAAACAGGAAAGCAACUGCAAAUUAAAUCUCAAAACUUAACACUCUUGUUUAAAAAGGCUGAUGAAAUAGUAGAUGAAGUUCUUCAUUUAGCAAUAGAAGAAAUUAGAUCAAAACAAACAGUUUGCAUCUGCCAAAAUAAUGACACUAAGUAUAAUGAAAGUCCCAACUUUCAAAAACAUCAUACAAAUAGAAAAAUGCUGUCAGAAUCUAAAAAAAUACAGUCAAGGAACUCUUCAUUAAAGCCCUGUAAUGUGAGUUAUAUUAAGUUCUCUGGACUUAAAUUUGACGAUGAUACUCAGAAUGAAAAGGAACCAUUGAACAUCACUGAUAAAACUGAUUUACACAAUUCAGUAAUAGUAAAACCAAAAGAAAUAACUGACAAUGUUAUUAAAACAGCCAUACAAAAUCCAGCAGUUGUGCCCUAUGAGGAACAUUUAAGGAAGGAUUUUUCUCAAAAUACAAAUAUGUGCUACACUGAAAUAUCAGAGAUACCUAUAACUGAAACAGAAUUAUCAACUAAGCUUCCUGAAAAAAUUGAAAUACCGUUAAACCUAAGUCCAGUAUCCACAGUUGAAGAGCAGAAGAUAACUGUUGAGGAUGUAACAAAUGUCUCCGUUCCUUUUAACUUCAAAGAAGAGAGUAAAGAGGUUUCUGGAGAAAUUAUACCGAAGAAUGUGUGUUUAGGCCAAACAGUUUGUGAAGAAUGGUAUGAUGACAUAACUAAACUAAAUUCCAGCCCUGACAAAAUAAAUAAUGCCAAAUACAAUAAAGAUGAUAAUUGUGCAACAAAUACGGCAAUUGUUGGUGAUAUCACUAGUAGCUGGACAUGUGAGAAUCAAUGUAAUUUCGUAAAAGGAGAGGCUGUUAUGACCUAUAAGCAAUUGUCAGCAUGCUCAGUUUUAACAAAAAAUGUGCUACCCUUUAACUCAAACAUUAAUACAUAUGGUAGCUUUUCUGAUAAAUAUCAAAUUUCUGAUAAAGAUAAACUUACUUACUUAUGUUCACCUGGACAUAAUGAUUUCCCCAAAAAUGAGAUAAUAAAAAGCAAGGCUAUUACUGCUGAAAGAAAGGAACCACAUGAAAAAUAUAAUGAAAUAAAUAGUGAAUGGGACAGUAGCAAAAUGGAAAAUGAAGAUAUAAUACAACAAGAUACUAAAUUCAAUGCCCUUUUUAAUAUAUCUGAAUCAUCUCUGUUGAACAACUCAUCAAACAUUGGUUUUGUCCAUAGAGAAGUAGUAAACGAGGACCCAUGUUUAAUAGCAGAUAAUGUACUUAAGGAAUAUUAUUUGCAUGUUGACAAUGAAAAUGAAAACAAAUCCCCAAAUUGUUUUGACUUUCCUACACCAGAAGACUGGGAACACAAUUCUUCCUUUAAUAUUUUGUAUAAAGACAGUCUUCAAGAUGAAAGCUAUUCUUUUUCAGGAGAAGAAAUAAUGAGUACCUUAUCCCAUCCUGAUUUAUCCUUAGAUAACAAGCAUAAGAUGUAUGAAACAUCCAGAUUCAAAGAGGACCUCUUUCCUUCUUAUGACGAAAGCAAGCAGUUGAAUGAGAUGCUGGGUGAUACUUGUUCAGAAUCUUUCAUGACUGUGGAAGCAAAGCGAUACAGGAUUUACCCCUUUUCUUUGUCUCCUAUAUAUGAAGAUGAUGGUUCCCAAGAGGACUUGCCUUCCACUGAUAUCUCACCAAGAAAUGACUAUAGUGGAUCACCAAGAGAAAACCAAUCUUUGUCUAUCUUAUCACUUUUGCAAUCAGUAUCUGAAAAGUUGAAGUCUAGUAAUCAGUGUAAUGAAAAUGAACAAGAAGACAAACUUUAUGAAGGAAAAAAUCAAGAGGAAGAAAACGAAACAUCUAUUUCCAAUAUUUGGCAAGACAAUAAAAAUACUGAAUUCCCAAAAGACUUUUCUAAACAAUUUAUUUCUAAGGAAGUACUUCAUUCAGAAGAGACUUCAUCUUUGAGUUCAACGUUUGCAGUUCAUUUUAUUCAAAAACCUGACCCUGGCAUGAAGCCUUUUUUAAAGGAUACAUAUUCUGAAAAUCUGCCUGGCUUAAGUUAUUUAGUUGAAAAAGGAAGUACGCUUGGAAGCAGAAUAUUGCCAGCUGAUCCUCCAUCUAAAUCUACAAAGCUGCUUAAAUUGGUAACCUGUCAAAAGUGUCCUGUUGAUAGGGACAUACUCAAGUGCAAUCCAAGACCAGGAAAAAUGCUUAUUUGUGAUUUUCAUGGGAACACAAAUAAACUAGAAAUUUAUCGUGAUGUGGUAGAUGCUACCAUCUGGGUGUUUUCAAAAGAAGCAUCAAUCAGAGUUGUUAGAGGAUGCUGGAUUUUAUAUGAGAAACCAACAUUUCAAGGUCAGAAAUAUGUUCUAGAAGAAGGAGAAAAGAUGCUGACUGACAUCUUGAAUCUUCACAGAGAGAAAGCUCAAGGAAAUGUCACAAUUGGUUCCAUCAGGCAUAUAAUGAAGGAUUGUAGUAUUCCUGAAAUUGAAGUUUGUUCACACAAUAGUACAGGUCAUUUUCCAAUCUGCAUUCAGGCUGGCAUAGCCAAUGUAGAUGAAUUGGAAGUUGAAAAUCCUAUCAUCUCUGUGAAAGCAGGAGUAUGGCUUGCUUAUUCAGAUACUGAUUACAAAGGAGAAAAAACAGUAUUGGAAGAAAAUCAAAGCCCAUGUAAACUUUCAGCCACUGUUGUAAAAUCUUUCCGACCAUUGAAAAUGGGUGGCCUAAAGGUGCAGGUGCCUAUGAAUACUAUGAUGAUAAUAUAUGAAAGACCACACUUUGGAGGGUGGUGUAAAAAACUUUCUGAGAAUACUGAUUGCAUUCCAGUACUUCUUGAAAAUUCUGAUACUUUCCAGGGAAUUGGAUCAAUACAUGUCAUUGGUGGAAUAUGGGUUGCUUACGACAAGGAACGAUAUAAAGGCCGGCAAUACUUGUUAGAGGAGGGAGAAUAUGAACACUGGCAAUCAUGGGGUGGAGUCAGCAGUGUUUUGCUUUCUGUUAGAUUUUUGCAAGCUAAUUUUAUGGAAUCUGAAGUAACACUUUUCGAAACUGAUGAGGAAAAUGGAAAAGUAUUGAAUGUUGUAAAUCAAGAAAUUCCUGAUUUGGAAUGGGCAGGGUUUGGCCUAGUGACAAGAUCAGUUAAUGUGAAAAGUGGAGUGUGGGUUGCUUAUCAACAGAAGUAUUUCUGUGGAGAACAAUAUAUAUUGGAGAAAGGAAAAUAUAAGUGUUUUUUUGACUGGGGUGGCACUAGUGAAACUAUAAUGUCAAUUCGCCCCAUUAAAUUGGAACCAUUGGGAGAUCAUCAACCCAUACACUGGAUCAAAGCUUUUGAUGAUAUACACUUCCAGGGAUCAUGUAUUGAUUUUACAACAGAAGCUGCUGAUUUUACAUCAUUCAUGCCACGCUCAUUUAAAGUUUUACGAGGAUGUUGGUUGCUUUAUUAUCAGGGAAAAACGGCUAUUGAACAGUGUGUGCUAGAAGAAGACCUCUAUCCUGACCUUGCUUCCUGUGGAUGUUCGGCAACUCAAGUCAAGUCCCUCAAGCCUGUUCACCAUGUUUUUGCUGAGCCGUUGAUCAGCCUUUUUGCACUGGAUAAUUGUGAAGGCAAAGAGCUGCACUUGCAAGAAGCUACCAGUUCAAUUCUGAAUAAAGAUUUUCACUUUCUUACUCAGUCAAUCUGGGUAAAAAGUGGCAUAUGGAUUGCUUAUGAAGGCUGCAAUUUUGGGGGGAAACAGUUUCUUCUUGAAUCAAGCAAGAUUUCAAACUGGACACAGUUUAGUGGAUGGACAGCAAUUGGCUCUCUUCGUCCCAUAAAGCAGCCAGCGGUGUAUUUCAGAAUAAAGAACAGAUCCCAAGAAAAAUACUUGACAGUUGCUGGCACUUUAAUGGAUGGAAGAGCUACAUCAGUAUGUUUGUUCCCACAAAAUGGCAAGAAUACUCAGAUCUGGCAUUACAGUCGUGGACUCAUCAAGUCCAAGGUCAAUGAUGCUUGCCUUGAUGUCAUUGGAGGCAGGGAUAUACCUGAAGCAAAAGUUGCCCUGUGGGCAGAACAUGGAAAAUCAAGACAGAAAUGGACAUGCAAUAAGGAUGGAACCAUCACAUCUUAUCUCAGCGAUCAGCUUGUUCUUGAUAUCAAAGGAGGAGAUUAUUAUGACAGAAACCACAUUAUUGUAAAUCGACUUAACAUCAAUGAAUGUACACAGAAAUGGGACUUUGAAAUAUUAUGAAUGGAUGUUCUCAAGAUAAACUAAUUUGAAAAUAUGUAUUAAAUUGUCUGAAAACACUUGAACUACUGAAGAGACAUAGUAUUGGUGUAUGUUAAAGAUCUGCCCAAGACUGCCAAACGAAGAAUAAAAAAACAGCUUAUUUAAAAGUUCACCAAACUGUUAAGUUUUUACUUCCAAUAGUGUUGUUAUUCAUAAAAUAUUGCAGGGUAAUUUAUGCCAAAUGUUCUUAACAAUUUUGGAUUGUUAGUAACCAAAACUUAAAAUGCAACUUUGUACAGAUUAUGCCUUCACAGAACUGAUGCAUUUAAAUAUUAGAAAUUUAUACUACAUUUUGAUACAAUAACUCUAAAUUGAUUAAGAGAAUGGAUGAAAUUAUUUGUCAAUCCAGUUUGUAUUCUAAUGUAAUGAAUUCUGUAUAAUUCUAAUUAAAAGUUACAAGCAUGUUAAAAAAGGAAAAAAA